AUGACCUUGAGCUCCAAAGCUAAUGAUAUUGAGAGUCAAGAGGAAAGUAUGGAAGAAUCGAGUGAUGAAGCAACCUGGAGUGAUAGAACUUCCUCUUCCAGCAGAGUAGCACCAAAACGACGCAGGUCCAGUACGUCUGUGGCAACAGAUGACGACAAAUCAGAUAUUGACCAAGAUGGUGGUUCUGUGGAGGGUGAAGGUGUGAAUAAGAAACUUAAAGUCAAAGAGAAUACUGAUGUUAAAGCUUGUUCUUCAUUUAAAUCUAAGAAAAAGGCGCCUAAAACACAAACUGCUGCAAUGUGGCAAAUGGUAAAAGGGAUGGAAGAGAUUAGUAAACGACAAGAGAAAAAGAUUGAUGAAAGAUUGACGACCUUGUUGAAUAUGGAAAUGAAACAGGGAUGA